AAACGCAGUACGAGUGGUGCUGCUGUUUUACCCACUCAAGAUCCAGAGGAUCCGGCCACAUAUCGCAUGGGUAUGGGUGAUUCACGAACACCUGUAUCGCAAGCCAAACAACAACCGAUGAUGAAUGCUGAUGCUAUUCUGGCACUUGAACGUCGCCAAGCGGAAUUGGAAGCUCGGGCUGCCGAGCUGGAUCGACGGGAGAAAGAACAGCAGGCUCGAAUGGCCUCUUACCAAGCCGGACCCCCUCCACACAAUUGGCCGCCAUUGGCUCCAUGGUGCCCGUGUAAGCCAUGUGUUCGUCAGGAUUUCGAGGCAGAUAUUCCUGCAGAUUGUCGUUGGAUGGCCAAAAUGGGCUAUGGACUAUGGUUGGCUUAUGCGCUGCUUUUGCUGAUCAAUAUGGGCGGAACGUUGAGCUACUUCAUUGUGGGUAGAAUGGGCGCUGAGGGACCACUUUUUGGAGCUUCGAUUCUGCUCGUCUUGGUGAUGCCUCCCUUGACGUUCUUUGGUUGGCAUCGCCCAUUGUACAAGGCACUCAGACACCAUCUGAUUCGGAACCUGUCCUUCUCCGGUGUCGGCUCGAAAAUCGCACGACCGAUCGGGUUCAUUUAUCGAUCGGUCGAAUGGUCCAGCCGCAACAAGGGACCUGGUGCUUGCCCAGCUAAGCCGAGCGAGAAACCACAUCUUGUCUACAACCGUGAGUCUUAG